CAGGGACCCUCCCAUGAAGACUGAGGCAGACGCAGCUGCUGAGAAGAGCCUGCAGACAUGACAUCGGCCACGGAGUUUGAAAACGUGGGCAACCAGCCACCGUACAGCCGGAUCAAUGCCCGAUGGGAUGCCCCGGACGACGAGCUGGAUAAUGACAACAGCUCAGCCAGGCUCUUUGAGAGAUCCCGGAUCAAGGCCUUGGCAGAUGAGCGAGAAGUCGUUCAGAAAAAGACCUUCACGAAGUGGGUGAAUUCCCACCUGGCCCGAGUGUCCUGCCGCAUCACGGACCUCUACAAGGACCUGCGGGACGGGCGCAUGCUCAUCAAGCUGCUGGAGGUGCUCUCUGGGGAGACGCUGCCAAAGCCCACCAAGGGAAAGAUGCGCAUCCACUGCCUGGAGAAUGUGGACAAGGCCCUGCAGUUCCUCAAGGAGCAGCGUGUGCAUCUGGAAAACAUGGGCUCCCAUGACAUCGUGGAUGGCAACCACCGCCUCGUCCUGGGCCUCAUCUGGACCAUCAUCCUCCGCUUCCAGAUUCAGGACAUUGUUGUUGAAACUCAGGAAGGCCGUGAGACUCGUUCAGCCAAGGAUGCAUUGCUGUUAUGGUGUCAGAUGAAGACCGCAGGCUACCCCAAUGUCAAUGUCACCAACUUCACCUCCAGCUGGAAGGAUGGCCUGGCCUUUAAUGCCCUGAUACACAAGCACCGGCCUGACCUGAUUGACUUUGAUAAGCUGAAGGACUCCAAUGCCCGCCACAACCUGGAGCACGCAUUUGAUGUGGCUGAGCGCCAGCUGGGCAUCAUCCCUCUCCUUGACCCUGAAGAUGUCUUUACAGAGAACCCUGAUGAGAAGUCCAUCAUCACCUAUGUGGUGGCAUUUUACCACUACUUUUCCAAGAUGAAGGUGCUGGCUGUGGAGGGCAAGCGUGUUGGCAAGGUCAUUGACCACGCCAUUGAGACUGAGAGGAUGAUUGAAAAGUACAGCGGGCUGGCUUCAGACCUGCUUACCUGGAUUGAGCAGACCAUCACCGUCCUAAACAGCCACAAGUUUGCCAACUCACUGGCUGGUGUCCAGCAGCAGCUCCAGGCCUUCAGCACCUACCGCACCGUGGAGAAGCCACCCAAGUUUCAGGAAAAGGGGAACCUGGAAGUCCUGCUUUUCACCAUCCAGUCCCGGAUGAGGGCCAACAAUCAGAAAGUGUACACGCCCCAUGAUGGGAAGCUGGUGUCUGACAUCAACCGGGCCUGGGAAAGCUUAGAGGAGGCCGAGUACAGGCGGGAGCUGGCGCUGAGGAACGAGCUGAUCCGGCAGGAGAAGUUGGAGCAGCUGGCCCGGCGCUUUGACCGAAAGGCCGCGAUGAGAGAGACGUGGCUCAGUGAAAACCAGCGCCUCGUGGCCCAGGAUAACUUUGGGUAUGACCUGGCAGCCGUGGAGGCUGCUAAGAAGAAGCACGAGGCCAUCGAGACCGACACGGCUGCCUACGAGGAGCGGGUGAGGGCCCUGGAGGACCUGGCCCAGGAGCUGGAGAAGGAGAAUUACCACGACCAGAAGCGCAUCAUGGCCCGCAGGGACAACAUCCUGCGCCUGUGGAGCUACCUGCAGGAGCUGCUGCGGGCCCGGCGCCAGAGGCUAGAGACCACCCUGGCCCUGCAGAAGCUCUUCCAGGACAUGCUGCACAGCAUUGACUGGAUGGACGAGAUCAAGGCUCACAUCUUGUCUGCUGAGUUUGGGAAGCACUUGUUGGAGGUCGAAGACUUGCUACAGAAGCACAAGUUGAUGGAGGCUGACAUCGCCAUCCAAGGGGACAAAGUGAAGGCCAUCACCACAGCUACCUUGCAGUUCACUGAGGGGAAAGGGUACCAGCCUUGUGACCCCCAGGUCAUCCAGGACCGCAUCAGCCACCUGCAGCAGUGCUUCGAGGAGCUGAGCAACAUGGCAGCUGGGCGUAAGGCCCAGCUAGAGCAGUCCAAGCGGCUUUGGAAGUUCUUCUGGGAGAUGGACGAGGCUGAGAGCUGGAUCAAGGAGAAGGAGCAGCUCUACUCCUCCCUGGACUACGGCAAGGACCUGACCAGUGUGCUCAUCCUGCAGCGCAAGCACAAGGCCUUUGAGGAUGAGCUCCGUGGGCUGGGCACCCACCUGGAACACACCUUCCAGGAGGCUGAGGCCAUGGUUGCACGCAAGCAGUUUGGGCACCCACAGAUCAAGGCCCGUAUCACGGAGGUGUCGGCUCAGUGGGACCAACUGAAGGAGCUGGCUGCCUUUCGCAAGAAGAAUCUCCAGGAUGCUGAGAACUUCUUUCAGUUCCAGGGCGAUGCGGAUGACCUAAAGGCCUGGCUGCAGGAUGCCCACCGGCUACUCUCAGGGGAAGAUGUAGGGCAAGAUGAAGGGGCCACCCGGGCCCUGGGGAAGAAGCACAAGGACUUCCUGGAGGAGCUGGAGGAGAGCCAUGGGGUGAUGGAGCACCUAGAGCAGCAGGCCCAGGGCUUCCCUGAAGAGUUUCGGGAUUCCCCAGAUGUGACCAAUCGGCUGCAGGCCCUCCGGGAGCUCUACCAGCAGGUGGUGACCCAGGCAGACCUGCGUCGACAGAGACUGCAGGAUGCCCUGGACCUGUAUACAGUGUUUGGGGAGACCGAUGCCUGUGAGCUGUGGAUGGGCGAGAAGGAGAAGUGGCUGGCCCAGAUGGAAAUUCCAGACACCCUAGAGGACCUGGAGGUCGUGCAGCACAGGUUUGACAUCCUGGACCAAGAAAUGAAGACUUUGAUGGCUCAGAUUGAUGGUGUGAACCUCGCUGCCAAUAGCCUGGUAGAGAGCGGCCACCCACGCAGUGGGGAAGUGAAGCAGUAUCAGGACCACCUGAACACCAGGUGGCAGGCCUUCCAGACCAUGGUGUCGGCCCGGCGGGAGGCAGUGGACUCGGCCCUCCGUGUGCACAACUACUGUGUGGACUGUGAGGAGACCAGCAAGUGGAUCAUGGACAAGACGAAGAUGGUGGAGUCCACAAAGGACCUGGGGCGGGAUCUGGCGGGUGUCAUUGCCAUCCAGCGGAAGCUGUCGGGGCUGGAGCGCGAUGUGGCCGCCAUCCAGUCCCGUGUGGGCACCCUGGAGCGUGAGUCGCAGCAGCUAAUGGAGUCUCACCCUGAGCUGAAGGAGGACAUUGGCCGGCGGCAGGCCUACGUCGAGGAGCUGUGGCAGGGCCUACAGCAGGCCCUGCAGGGCCAGGAGGCCUCCCUGGGGGAAGCCAGUCAGCUGCAGGCCUUCCUGCAGGAUCUGGAUGACUUCCAGGCCUGGCUGUCCAUGGCCCAAAAGGCUGUGGCCUCCGAGGACACUCCCGAGUCGCUCCCAGAGGCUGAGCAGCUCCUGCAGCAGCACACAGCCAUCAAGGAUGACAUUGACAGGCACCAGGAGAGCUACCAGCGUGUCAAGGAGUCUGGGGAGAAGGUGAUCCAAGGCCAGACUGAUCCAGAGUACCUGCUUCUGGGCCAGCGGCUAGAGGGCCUGGACUCCGGCUGGGAUGCCCUGCACCGGAUGUGGGAGAGCCGUGGCCACUCCCUUGCUCAGUGCCUGGGCUUCCAGGAGUUCCAGAAGGAUGCCAAGCAGGCUGAAGCCAUCCUCAGUAACCAGGAAUACACUCUGGCCCACUUAGAGCCCCCAGACUCCCUGGAAGCCUCAGAGGCUGGGAUCCGGAAGUUCGAGGACUUCUUGGUGUCCAUGGAGAACAACAGGGACAAGGUCUUGAGUCCUGUGGACUCUGGAAACAAGCUUGUAGCCGAGGGCAACCUGUACUCAGACAAGAUCAGGGAGAAAGUGCAGCAGAUUGAGGACAGGCACAGGAAGAACAGUGACAAGGCCCAGGAGGCCUCAGUUCUUCUGAGGAACAAUCUGGAGCUGCAGAACUUCCUCCAGAACUGCCAGGAGCUCACUCUCUGGAUCAAUGACAAGCUGCUGACAUCUCAAGAUGUCUCCUAUGAUGAGGCACGAAACCUUCACAACAUAUGGCUGAAGCACCAGGCCUUUGUGGCAGAGCUGACUUCCCAUCAAGGGUGGCUGGAGAACAUCGAUGCUGAAGGAAAGCAGCUGAUGGAGGAGAAGCCCCAGUAUGCCUCCCUGGUGUCCCAGAGGCUGGACGCCCUGCACCGGCUCUGGGACGAGCUGCAGGCCACCACAAAGGAGACAGCCCGGCACCUCUCGGCUGCCAGGAGCUCUGACCUACGCUUGCAGACACACGCCGACCUCAACAAGUGGAUCAGCGCCAUGGAGGAACAGCUGCGGUCAGACGACCCGGGCAAGGACCUGACCAGUGUCAAUCGCAUGUUGGCUAAACUGAAGCGAGUGGAAGACCAAGUGAAUGUGCGGAAGGAGGAGCUGGGUGAGCUGCUUGCCCAGGUGCCCUCGGUAGAAGAGGAGGCAGGAGACACAGACUUGAGCAUCGAGAAGCGGUUCCUGGACCUCCUAGAACCCCUGGGGAGGAGGAAAAAGCAGCUGGAAUCGUCCAGAGCCAAGCUGCAGAUCAGCCGGGACUUAGAGGAUGAGACGCUCUGGGUGGAGGAGAGGUUGCCCCUGGCUCAGUCAGCUGACUACGGUGCUAAUCUGCAAGCUGUGCAGCUAUUCAUGAAGAAGAACCAGACCCUGCAGAAUGAGAUCCUAGGCCACACGCCGCGGGUAGAAGAUGUACUGCAGAGAGGGCAGCAGCUGGUGCAAGCGGCGGAGAUUGACUGCCGGGACCUGGAGGAGCGCCUUGGGUGCCUGCAGAACUCAUGGGACAGGCUGCGGGAGGCAGCGGCCGGGCGGCUGCAGCGCCUACGGGAUGCCAACGAGGCCCAGCAGUACUACCUGGACGCAGGCGAGGCUGAGGCCUGGAUUGGGGAGCAGGAGCUCUACUUCAUUGAUGAAACCCCUGAGGAUGAAGAGGGUGCCAUCGUGAUGCUGAAGCGGCACCUGCGGCAGCAGCGCGCAGUGGAGGAGUAUGGGAGGAGCAUGAAGCAGCUGGCCAGUCGUGCUCAGGUCCUGCUGGCUGCCGGUCACCCCGAGGGGGAGCAGAUAAUCAGACUUCAGGGGCAAGUGGACAAGCAGUAUGCGGGGCUGAAGGACAGGGCAGAAGAGCGUAAGAGGAAGCUGGAGAACAAGUACCACCAGUUCCAGGUGAAGAGGGAGGUCGACGACUUGGAGCAGUGGAUUUUGGAGAAGGAGCUAGUGGCCUCUUCCCCAGAACUGGGGCAAGACUUUGACCAUGUCACUCUGCUCCGGGACAAGUUCCGGGACUUUGCCCGGGAGACAGGGGCAAUUGGGCAGGAGCGGGUGGACAACGUGAAUGCCGUCAUUGAGCGGCUCAUUGAUGCGGGCCAUGAUGAGGCAGCCACGCUUGCCGAGUGGAAGGAUGGGCUGAAUGAGAUGUGGGCGGACCUACUGGAGCUCAUCGACACACGCAUGCAGCUGCUGGCCGCUUCCUAUGACCGGCACCGCUACUUCUAUACUGGUGCCGAGAUCCUGGGCCUCAUUGACGAGAAGCACCGUGAGCUGCCUGAGGACGUGGGCCUGGACGCCAGCACGGCCGAGUCCUUCCACCGGGUGCACACGGCCUUCGAGCGGGAGCUCCACUUGCUGGGCGUACAGGUACAGCAGUUCCAGGAUGUGGCCACACGCCUGCAGACGGCAUAUGCUGGGGAGAAGGCAGAAGCCAUCCAGGACAAGGAGAGGGAGGUGUCAGCCGCAUGGCAGGCACUGCUUGAUGCCUGUGCCGGGCGCCGCACCCAGCUAGUGGACACAGCGGACAAAUUCCGGUUCUUCAGCAUGGCCCGUGACCUCCUCUCCUGGAUGGAGAGCAUCAUCCGACAGAUCGAGACCCAGGAGAGGCCCAGGGAUGUCUCCUCAGUGGAACUGCUCAUGAAGUAUCACCAGGGCAUCAAUGCAGAGAUUGAAACCCGGAGCAAGAACUUCAGUGCCUGCCUGGAGCUUGGCGAGUCCUUGUUGCAGCGGCAGCACCAGGCCUCAGAGGAGAUCAGGGAGAAACUGCAGCAAGUUGUGUCCAGGAGGAAGGAGAUGAAUGAGAAGUGGGAGGCCCGCAGGGAGCGGCUCCACAUGUUGCUGGAGGUGUGUCAGUUCUCGAGAGACGCAUCCGUGGCCGAAGCAUGGUUGAUUGCCCAGGAGCCCUACCUGGCCAGCAGGGACUUUGGACACACGGUGGAUAGUGUAGAGAAGCUCAUCAAGAGGCAUGAGGCUUUUGAGAAGUCCACAGCCAGCUGGGCAGAGCGCUUUGCUGCCCUGGAGAAGCCCACCACGCUUGAGCUUAAAGAACGCCAGACCCCAGAGAGACCCACAGAGGAGACUGGGCCUCAAGAGGAGGAGGGCGAGACAGCAGGGGAGGCUCCCCGAGUUCACCGCACAGCCACUGAGAGAACGUCCCCGGGGGAAGAAGAGGGGCAGUGGCCUCAGGAUCUGCAGCCACCACCCCCACCAGGGCAGCACCAGGGCAGGCAGGAGGAGAAGUCCGGUGGGGACGAGAGGCUCGCCACAGAGCCCCUAUUUAAGGUCCUGGACAUGCCUCUGAGUGAGGGCGACGAGCCCACGACGCUGCCAGCCCAGCGGGACCACGGGCACAGCGUGCAGAUGGAGGGCUACCUGGGCCGCAAGCAUGACCUGGAGGGGCCCAACAAGAAGGCAUCCAACAGGUCAUGGAACAACCUGUACUGUGUGUUGAGGAACAGUGAGCUGACCUUCUACAAGGAUGCCAAGAACCUGGCCCUGGGGAUGCCCUACCAUGGGGAGGAACCCCUGCCCCUGAGACACGCCAUCUGUGAGAUUGCAGCCAACUACAAGAAGAAGAAGCACGUCUUCAAGCUGAGGCUGAGUAAUGGCAGCGAGUGGCUAUUCCAUGGCAAGGACGAGGAGGAGAUGCUGUCCUGGCUACAGGGCAUGAGCACCGCCAUCAAUGAGUCCCAGAGCAUCCGUGUCAAGGCACAGAGCCUGCCCUUGCCCUCCCUGUCUGGCCCCGAUGCCAGCCUCGGCAAGAAGGACAAGGAGAAGAGAUUCAGUUUCUUCCCCAAAAAGAAGUAACACCUGGCAAGUGGGCACAGCGGAGUGUUGGGACAUGUAGGGACCCUGGGCUUCCGCCAGUCCUGUCCCCCU